AGAGCGCACUCCUUAUUAACGUGCGCACACCCUACGUACCCCAAACCCUAUUUAAACCUAACUUCACAAUACACGAUCGAGUCUUGUUCUCAUCUUUUGUUCUUUCUCUCUCUAACUUUCUCUCUCCACGAGAAAAAAAAGUCGCAUCGCGAACCUUCUCAGAAACCUUCAUUGAUUCUUCACGAACCCGCAUCACGCUACACGCCAAUUUUCCUUUUUCACACCUCUGUCUCUUUGGAGAAUGCGAUUCAACGCGCUGCUUUUCGAUUUCGAGAAUCAGCGCCGGAGGUUUUUGAUUUCGGGGACACGAAUCGGACAAAGCGAAUUAGGGUUUUGAUGCGAUUGAGCUUGUUGGAUUCUUGAUUACCAUGGCGGAUGAUGGAUUUGAAUUUCCGACACUGUUUGGGGACGAUGGAGAUGAAUCCGAUGACGAAAAGCUUGCAAUGGAUAUCGAAUCCUUUCUUAGCGUUCUUGAUGAAGACUGUGUUCCUUCCGAGAGUAGUCACGAGGAUUCUUCAUUGAAAGACGUUUCACCUGGUGAAUCUGGGGUCCAUGAUAAUUUUUUACUUCAAAAUGGGAAUACCAUGCCUGACUCCGAACUUGAAAACCAGGGACCUUCAUCACAGACGUGUUCUUCCCCAUAUGCUUUUGCUGGUGGUUACAGGGACACGUUCUCUGUUGUUGAAAGUGAUGAGAUUUAUUAUGUAGAAAGGGAUGGAGUUUCUGAACGCGAGAUGCCUUCUUACAGUGUGGACACAAGUUUGGCCGAGGCAAAUUCAAACUACCCAACUGUUUGUGGAGAUAGUUUGAACUCAAGUAUGUGGAAGGGUGAAAAUGAUAGCCAAAUCAAACAUAUUGGAGAUGAUGUAGAAUCUGAACAUGCUUCACACAGCUCUAUCAUUGAGAAUGUUGAUGGAACUUUUGAAGAUUUUGGAACAGCUUUGAAAGACAUUAUUGGAGUUUCUAGGCAGCAGGAAAAUGACUCGUGUACAUCUUUUGAAAUGCCGUUUGUGGAUGUUGACAGACCUACACAUUUUGGAACUUCAACCAAUUCUACUAUUUGUCAAGGUUCCGACGUUCCUACUGAUUUUUAUGGAUACUAUCCAUCUUUGAAUAGUUACCAGGGUAUAAAUGUUAGACCUGUUGUUUUCGACAGUUCUGGUUAUUUGCCUAGUGGUGCUUGUCCCCAAUUCUGGAAAAAUGAAGAGAUGGUAAAUAGUAAUAUGAAGGUUGAAAGAAUGGAUUCUGGUUAUUUGCCUAAUGGUGCUUGUCCUCAAUUCUGGAAAAAUGAAGAGAUGGUAAGUAAUAUGAAGGCUGAAAGAAUGGAUUUCUUAACCGAUACUACAAAUAUGAUCAGUGGCAUGCAUUUGAGGACUAUUGGUCGGAUGCCUUUUCAGGAUAGUCAAUUUAUGCCAGCAGAUAGUGAAUAUCCUUCAUUUUUUCCUGGUAAUGUUCUAUUUGAAGACAGUGAAUCAGCAAAACUAUCAUGUGCUCCAUAUAUUUCUAGUGAAGACCAGUCGCAUAUUGUCAAAGCUGAAAGAGAUGAAAUGAUUAUGCCUUAUCAAAAUUCUUUUCAUAAUGAGGAUACCAAGUUAAAUGCAGGUCAAGAGGUGAAACAAUUAAAUGGUAUGUUCCCUACUAUUGGAUGUCAGAAUGAUUUUUUCAAGAGUGAGGAUAGUGAUACAAUUGUAACAACUGAGAAUGCCAAUUACUAUCAAGCUCUUAUUGAUGAAACUGCUAAUAAAUUUCCCAGAAACAUUGGAAGUUUGAAUUCAAAAUCCUUAGAUAAAUCUCGAUCUAUUGCCCAGGCAUCAAUCAACGGGAAACACUAUAAUUGUGUUGUAAGUGAGCUAGAGGAUAAACCAACUGAAUAUAAAAGUAUUGAUUCUCAACUUUCAAAAAGAAGUACUGAGGGAUCAAAUGUCGAGGAUGACUUUGAUGUUUGCAUUAUUGAAGACAUCAGUCACCCUGCACCUACAAGUUGGUCUUCUGAACCAGAUAAUUCCCUUAAUAUGUCACAAUCUUCUAGAUUUGAUUAUACCCAACCUUAUAUGGUGGGAGGCACAAGACCAAAGCCACGCGACGAGCAAUACGUAUUACGAGCUGCAUUGCAGGAUCUAUCACAGCCAAAGGCAGAAGUUAGUCCACCAGAUGGACUGCUGGCAGUUCCUCUGUUACGUCAUCAGAGAAUCGCUUUAUCAUGGAUGGUUCAGAAGGAAACAUCAAGUUUAUAUUGUUGUGGAGGAAUUCUUGCAGAUGACCAGGGUCUUGGUAAAACAGUGUCAACUAUUGCUUUAAUACUAAAAGAAAGGCCUCCACUGCUGAAGACAUGCAAUAAUGCACUAAAAAAUGAAUUAGAGACUUUGGAUUUGGAUGAUGACCCACUUCCCGAGAAUGGAGUAGUGAAGAAAGUUUCUAACAUGUGCCAAGAUAUAUCUAAUAGGAAUCCAAUCACAAGUGUGAAUUUGUUGGUGCAUGCAAAGGGCAGGCCAUCUGCGGGAACCCUUAUUGUUUGUCCUACUAGUGUCCUAAGACAGUGGGCUGAUGAGCUGCAGAAUAAGGUAACUUGCAAAGCAAAUCUCUCUGUGCUUGUUUACCACGGGAGCAGUCGAACCAAAGAUCCUUAUGAGCUUUCCAAGUAUGACGUUGUGUUGACAACUUAUUCUAUUGUCAGCAUGGAGGUCCCUAAGCAGCCUCUGGUCGACAAAGAUGACCAAGAGAAAGGAGUUUAUGAAGAUCAUGCUGUGCCGAGCAAAAAAAGGAAAUGCCCUCCUAGUUCUAGUAAAAGUGGCAAGAAGGGUUUAGAUAGCAUGAUGCGUGAGGCUGUUGCACGCUCUCUUGCAAAAGUAGCCUGGUUUAGAGUUGUCCUGGAUGAGGCCCAGAGUAUAAAGAAUCACAGAACUCAAGUUGCAAGGGCUUGCUGGGGUCUUCGAGCUAAACGCAGAUGGUGCUUGUCAGGGACUCCCAUCCAGAAUGCAAUUGAUGAUCUCUACAGUUACUUUAGAUUUCUUAGAUAUGAUCCUUAUGCUGUGUACACAUCAUUCUGUUCCACCAUCAAGAUUCCUAUUAGCAGAAAUCCAUCAAAAGGGUAUAGAAAGCUACAAGCUGUCUUAAAGACGAUAAUGUUACGCCGGACCAAAGGUACACUUCUUGACGGGGAACCAAUUAUUUCUUUGCCACCUAAGUCUGUAGAGUUGAAAAAGGUGGAAUUUUCACAGGAGGAACGUGAUUUCUAUUCCAAGCUAGAGGCUGAUUCACGUGCACAGUUUCAGGAAUAUGCUGAUGCUGGAACUGUGAAGCAAAACUAUGUCAACAUUUUAUUGAUGCUUUUGCGCCUUAGACAAGCUUGCGAUCACCCUUUGCUUGUCAAGCGUUACAAUUCUACUUCUCUGUGGAAAUCUUCAGUUGAGAUGGCAAAGAAGCUUCCUCAGGAGAAACAGUUAUCUCUUUUAAAAUGUUUAGAGGCUUCCUUGGCCCUCUGUGGUAUCUGUAAUGAUGCUCCUGAUGAUGCCGUUGUUUCAGUCUGUGGUCAUGUUUUCUGUAACCAGUGCAUUUCUGAACACCUUACUGGUGAGGACAACCAGUGCCCUGCAACAAACUGCAAAACUCGACUAAGCACGUCUUCAGUGUUUUCCAAAGCCACACUGAACAGUUCUCCAUCUCAUCAGGCAUGUGAUCAUUUACCUGGUUACUCUGGUUCUGAGGUUGUGGAGGCUGAACCUUGUUCUCGGGCUCAGCCAUGCGAUUCCUCAAAAAUAAAGGCUGCACUGGAGGUGUUGCUUUCAUUGUCUAAGCCACAAUGCCAUAUUUCCCAAAAAAGUUCUGUGCAGAGCACUUCUAGGGAAAGUACUGAUUGCAGCUCCACUUCUGCUGAUAAUGGACAAUCCUUUAAUGAUGUUUGCGAAAAGAAAAGUGUGUUUAUGGAGAAAAGCUCUAACAGUUCAGUUGGUUCUGUUGGGGAGAAAGCUAUAGUGUUUUCUCAGUGGACCGGGAUGCUAGAUUUACUUGAAGCGUGUCUCAAGAAUUCUUCAAUUCAGUAUAGAAGACUUGAUGGAACAAUGUCUGUUAUCGCAAGAGAUAAAGCCGUUAAAGAUUUUAACACACUCCCUGAGGUAUCAGUUAUGAUAAUGUCUUUGAAGGCUGCUAGCCUUGGUCUGAACAUGGUGGCAGCCUGCCACGUUCUCAUGCUAGAUCUAUGGUGGAAUCCUACAACUGAAGAUCAAGCCAUAGACAGAGCGCAUCGAAUUGGACAGACUCGUCCUGUUACAGUUUUACGGUUAACAGUCAAAGAUACGGUUGAAGACCGUAUUUUAGCUCUGCAGCAAAAGAAGCGAAAGAUGGUUUCAUCUGCUUUUGGAGAGGAUGGAACUGGUGGUCGUGAAAGUCGCCUUACAGUGGAUGAUUUAAAAUACUUGUUCAUGAUGUGAUUAGGCAUACAUACUUAGGAAUAUAAUUUUAAAUUUUUGAAUUGGUAUUUUUUUACCUGGGAGCUGGCGUCAUUGUAGGUUGCUUUUUUGGUGACAGCAGAAGAAACAGUGAAAUUUGUCUAACAUGGCCUCUCUGACUUUUGACAUGAAGGUUAUGUGAAUUGUGGUUACAGUUGAUGAUUCGUUGGUAAACACCUUGAAAUUUUGGUUUAGUCUUUUGAUAUUUGUAUAGGAUGUAGAGAGCAGUAGCAUAGACAGUAACAUAGAAAUUCUUGUUCUUAUUGUAAAUAAUAUAUAAAAUAGAUAAUAUUUUUUCCCUUUAUUUAGGUUUGUUUUAAUUCUUUCUAUUA